GUUUCAACGUGCCACGGACGAGUUCGCAAACUAAUCAAUCAAUUUCACAGCUAUCUUCUUCGCGUCGAUCUCUGCUUCAAUUUCUUUUUUCUUCAGAUCUCCCGAGAAGUUCUUUGAGAUCUGAAUAUCCUGUAAUUCUCCGGAAGGUUAAGGAGAGAAGGAUGUACGGAUUCGAAGCGCUUACGUUCAACAUCCAUGGCGGGUACUUGGAGGCGAUCGUGAGGGGCCACCGUGCUGGGCUUCUCACCACCGCCGAUUACAACAAUCUGUGCCAGUGUGAAAACCUUGACGACAUCAAGAUGCACCUCUCUGCUACCAAAUACGGCUCUUACCUCCAAAACGAACCGUCACCUCUGCAUACCACCACAAUUGUGGAGAAGUGUACGCUCAAGCUUGUUGAUGAUUAUAAGCAUAUGCUUUGCCAGGCAACUGAGCCUAUGUCAACCUUCUUAGAGUACAUCAGAUACGGCCAUAUGAUUGACAAUGUCGUGCUGAUUGUUACUGGAACCCUGCACGAGAGAGAUGUUCAAGAGUUGAUCGAGAAAUGUCACCCUUUAGGCAUGUUUGACAGUAUUGCUACACUAGCAGUUGCUCAGAACAUGAGGGAGCUCUAUAGGUUGGUGCUUGUGGACACUCCUCUGGCUCCAUAUUUUUCUGAAUGCUUAACAUCAGAGGAUUUGGAUGACAUGAACAUUGAGAUUAUGAGGAAUACCCUCUACAAAGCAUACCUUGAGGACUUCUACAAGUUCUGUCAGAAACUUGGUGGGGCAACAUCAGAGAUAAUGUCUGACCUUCUGGCCUUUGAAGCCGACAGAAGAGCAGUGAAUAUCACCAUCAAUAGCAUUGGCACUGAGCUCACAAGAGAAGACAGGAAGAAACUGUACUCUAACUUUGGUCUCCUUUAUCCAUAUGGCCACGAGGAGCUUGCUAUCUGUGAAGACAUAGAUCAGGUUCGUGGUGUUAUGGAGAAAUACCCUCCGUACCAAGCAAUAUUCUCCAAGAUGUCUUAUGGAGAGAGCCAGAUGCUCGACAAGGCGUUUUAUGAAGAAGAAGUCAGAAGGCUUUGCUUAGCCUUUGAGCAGCAGUUUCAUUACGCGGUAUUCUUUGCGUAUAUGAGGUUGAGGGAGCAGGAGAUCAGGAACCUGAUGUGGAUAUCAGAAUGUGUUGCACAGAACCAGAAGUCGAGGAUCCACGACAGUGUUGUCUACAUGUUCUGAGUCUGGCAAAAAGUGAAACACACAUUAAAAUGUGUAAUGUGUCUUAAAAUUGGAGAAUAAGAAGAAAGAACCUGCUUGGUUGUUGUUGGUUUUUCUUCAGUGCUCCGGUUUACCAGAGAAAAUCUGCGGAUUUACAUUCACUGUUUCUGUCACUCUACGUGAGUGCGUGUAUUAUUUUUACCCAAAUAAGAGUCUCUUCAAUUUGUUUGUUUGUUUUUGCCAUAUGUUGCUUGGUUCUCCCAGUAAACUCUUGUACUAUCAAACUAUUUAUCAUGCACUUUUAUAACACUUUGUUAAAUUAUUUGGAAUGGUUUAUACUUUUUAGGUCCAA